AUGAGUGGAGACACGAAAUUGAUUUUAGCGUUGAUUACUAGGAUUGGACUAAAGCUACCAUGUAACAGUGGUAAAAAAUUAGAAACGAUAGAAGCCGAUCCUCUCGUAAUGCAAACUGUCAAUGCGAUUGUAGAUCUUUCUAGAUUUAAGCUUAGUAUAAUUGCCAAAAGUUUGACCCAAUUAUUGGAAAACAUAUCAAAGCCAUCCUCAAUGGUUCUAGAAGAUUUCAUUCCCAUCGAUAUUCUUCAAUCACAAUUAUUCAUACUGAAAAUACUUUCAGCGUGUGUAACGCACCACUGGAAAUGGUAUCGUGGAGCACAACGAGGAGAAUUGUUGGAUGGUAUUCCAAAAGCAUCGUCAUCAUCCAAUAGUAAUAUAAUUAAUCUUAAUGGUAGUAAUUCAAGUAAUGUUAAUAGUAAUAAUAAUAAUAAUAUUAAUGGAAUCUAUAAUCCGUCAAUGAGUAACCAAACAUUUAAUACUCUAACCUCGAUAAUUCCAAAUGUUAAUAAUAAUGGAAUUGGCAGUAAUAUAAAUCCCAUCAACGAGAAUAAAAACACUAGUAAUAUAAAUCCUAGUAAUAACAACAAUGCUAACAACAAUAUGAAUAAUAAUGCAUCAUCAUCAAAUGGAACAACUCGACCAUUCAAACUCCCUAAAUCAUGGGACGAUCCACCACAACUCGAGGAUUCCCUAGCGAAGUAUAUUCUCAGUGUUCUCUCUAGAUUUCUGCAUCAAAUGGCGAGUCAGGAAGAUAAUUCGCCGAAUAAUCAACCAAUUGCCGGUGUUCCUGGUGCAAGCACGCCAAAUCCAGGAGUUGGAGGCGGUAGCGCCUUUGGUGGAGGAGUUGUCAAUGGUGGGAAUGCGGCAGUUUAUUCGACGGUUACUUAUGAGAUUAUUUGUGAUAUUUUUAAGAAUGCCGGUAGAGUUAUUUUCUACAUUAGUGCCUCGAAUUGGGGUGUCGUCUUUUUGAGGAUAAAGAAUCGUAUGUCAUAUUUGACUAGUACUCAUGAUGAAUGGCCGGAAACGGCCGAAUUGAAGCUGUUAGAAUGUUCAGAUUUGAACUCAAAACGGCUUUCAAUGGUUUUACAAGAAUUAUGUGGAACAUUUUUACACUUAAAAAGAUCUUCACAAACAGUAAUGGCUGUAAUAUUACGAAAGGCAAUUUGGAAUUGGAUCGAAGUGUUUCCCGCGGAAUUCGUGACACUUUGUCAAUCACAAAAACGUAUGGAAGGCGGUCCCGAAAUAUUAUUUGAUAUCUGUUAUAAUCUAGCUGAUAACACAAGACGGAAAACGGUGUUUUGGCCAUUACAAACAAUGCUGUUGAUCCUCUGCCCGGACAUUUUACUAAGUGCCGCAAUGGCUGAUCGAGGAACGGCUGUAAUGUCGAAAAAGGCAUUGUUUCUGGAAACCCUAAAAAAAUCAUUACGAAAAUCAGCUUUAGCAGAUGUUGCUGCCGUUUGCUAUGUGGACAUAUGUAAAGCGUCGACUUAUGUUGCAAAAAGCGACAAUUCGGCGCUGCGAUUAAUUGUGCCAGAAAUUGAAAACGAGUUAAAGGAAAAAUUGUUCGAUCCGAAUCGACCGUUCACCACUGAAGCACAUGUGGAUCAGCGCCUAAUGACUGACUGUUUAACUGCAUUAUUUCGUUUGAAUCCACGUAAUGCACUACACUCGUUGAUUUCUGUUUGCUUGCAAGAGAAUGCGCCGAAUGCUUUUAAAUUGGUUUUGGUGAAAAGUUGUUACGAUCUUGCAUCCGAGGAAAAUCGAUUACCAUGGAACCCAAAUAUAGCUUCAAUGUAUUCGAUUCUUGUGUCGCCAUUACGUAAACUGUUCCAAGACCAUGUAAUGUAUCGUGAUCGUGGUAUUGACGCCAGGAAACCCCGAAGAGGUGGUGUUAGGGGAUGGGAGGAAAAUGAGAAGACGGAGAUCAUAUUGAAUAUCUUGAAAUUAUAUAAAAUUGAUCCAUCGUUGGCCGUUGUGCAAAGUGAUUCUCACGAUCUACUAGACGAGAAUCGAACGAUCAUUUGCAUCACACAAUGUUUAAAUUCAUCUAGCCAGGUAAUUCGUACGAUUGCCGCAGAAACUUUAUUGCAGUUACAUGAUCCCGAUUACAUUGAAAGAUGGGGACCACCGGAAAAUAAAAUGGAUAAUUUCUGGUGUAUAAGUUCGCAAGUAAUGUUAGCGGUGGCACGACAGGUUGUUGACUCCAAAGAACGAGAGGAAGGCACAAAAUAUAUGUUGGAAUUGUUAUAUCAGUUGCUUGUUAAACGAAAUGAAUUCUUGAAAGCAAAUCGAGACGUGGCAACUGUCGGAAUCAACAUACCAGAAAGAUUAGCAUCCAAUAUAGCGCUAGAAGUAGCAUUAUUGGUGUUGUUAUGUUCAGCUGAUACAGAAAUCUGUUCUAUUGCGGUCACUUGUUUCGGGCAUUUAUGUACAGAAGCUCAAUUGACCGAAGAUAUGGAUGAACCAAAUUCUCAAUUAACUAUCGUUGAAAAUAUGGAUGUUUAUUUAGAGUUAUCCUUACCAAAUUACACGCUUCCAGGACGCAUGGCACAACAAAAACGUACACGUAGAUUGUUACGACUAAUGAAAAAUCAUACUCAUGGGAAUCUUGCCGCCUGGGAAGAAGCAUUCAAACGAUGGCAAAGCUUAAAUGCUAUGGUCGCCAAGCCAGUGGAGGACCCUGAAAGACGACCAAAUAUUUUAGCAUUGGCUCGACCGCAUAAUGGAACUGGAACUACAACCGAUAUCACGGAAGUACAGACCACUGAAUGGCAUAAUUACACGGGAUUCUUAUCAGCGUUGGGUGGAUGUUGUGUCAAUGAUCAGCUGAUGAAUGGUCAUUCAUCAAUGAGUAUGGAUUCAUCGAAUCGUCGAAUUUCAGCAAAUCCACAACAUGACAUGAAUAAUUAUCAUUCGAUGGUGGAAGAAUUCGUUGAACAAAUGGUGGACUUGCUUGUUUGCGAUUCCGUAUAUGUUCGCGAAACUGUUAAAGAAACCCUCGGAGCUGAUCUCAGCCCAAGGCUCUAUGUAAUUCUAUUCAAACAUCUUGAAAAAAUUGUCGCUAUGUUUUUUGAUGCCGAUGGGGAAGCAAAUUGUCUCGAUCGAUAUACACUAUUCAUUGAACAAGCAAUCUCUGUAUUAAAAUUGAUUCUCGAUCGAAUCCAAGAUGCCUCUGAAAAUCUGUAUGCCGUCGAUUUUGGAGGCUUGGUAUUAUCGUUCGCUCGAUAUCUACAUCGUCUUGGCACUGGACAUGUCGCACUACGGAUAAAAGUGAAAAUGUGUCAGCUAUGCGAAACACUGAUGGCCAAAAAAGACUACAUUACUCUACGACAAGAAAUCACCCUGCGUAAUAAACUGCUGGAAAUCAUUAUCGAAUGGACUUCAGAUUUCUCAUCAAAAGCUGACGGAAAUCAAAUCUCGGAAAUAACACCAAGCAAGAAUGAGAGACUACAUCGUGACCUGGAUCAAGCAUGUCUUAAAACGGUUUAUGUGUUGCUGGCACAAUUGCCAUUACAGCCUUCAGAUACGGUGCACGAGGCUGAUUUAGGUGCUGUAAAAGCACGCUUAUUUUACAAAUAUUUUUCUUUCUUUAUAAAACUUUUAAAUCGGUGUCGUAUUCUGGAGGCAAUCGAUAGCGGAACUCAUUCCGCGAAGAACAAUCAAGACCUACAAAUGUUGCUGUCUAAAUCUAAGGAAUAUGUGAAAGAUCUCGGUCCACUAAAAGACUACACAAUCCUUGCUCUAUCAAAUCUCUUAAGUGCAAAUGUUGAUGCUGGACUAAAGUAUUCCCUAUCGAUGGGAUAUCACGAAGACGCAAAAACCAGAACGGCAUUUAUGCAAGUGCUCACCAAUAUCUUGCAACAGGGAACCGAGUUUGACGGGCUCGCCGAGAAUGCCAUUAAUGAUCGAUAUGAGAAAUUGGUCGAGUUAAUCAUUGGUUCCGAUCUUAGUAUCGCAUUAUCUUUAUGUGAUGUGUGUCCGGUCAGUGAUAUUGAUGAGGUGGCACAAAUGCUAUUAACAAUAUUUGAGUCUCGUGGGAGGACUAUGUCUCUUUUGAAAACGGUGAUUGAAAAAGAAGUGUCUAGCACCCUAAAUGCAACCGAACUCCUCCGUCGAAACUGCAUGGCCACCAAACUACUAAGUGUAUUCGCAAAAAUGCAUGGUUCGGAUUAUCUACGCGAAACGCUACAACCUGUUCUCCAGAAUAUUGCGAAUAAUCUGUCCAAUGAGCGUAGCUUUGAAAUUGACGAGGGGCGGAUUGGAAGCGGCGAAAAUAUUCAAAAUAAUCUUUCGAAUUUGGAUAAGAUGGCACAAUUGAUUCUGGAUGAAAUUUGCGCUUCGGCUGAGAAGGUUCCAAGAUCAUUCAGAGAAGUUUGUUAUUACAUAUCAACUUCGACCGAGGAGCGAUUCCCACAAGCAAAAUUUACUGCAGUAGGUGCAUUCAUUUUCUUGCGAUUCUUUUGUCCGGUAAUCGUUGCCCCCGAUUCGGAAAAUCUCGUGAAACAACCGAUAAGCAAGGAACUCAGACGUGGAUUGCUCCUGAUAACUAAAAUUAUCACGAAUAUUGCGAAUAAUGUACUGUUUGGUACCAAGGAACCAUACAUGACCGUUUUGAAUGACUUCUUGGAGCACAAUAUAGCAAAGGUUACCACAUUCUUGCAGGAGAUUUCGUUGCUACAUAAGCAUUUAUUCCAAAAUGUCGAUAAAAUCGGCAAAGAUUUAAUAACACGACGCGUGAAGUCAUCACUUAAUCCGUUGAGUAGCAAUGGAAACAUUCUCUCAGAAAUUGAACAAACCCAAACAAAUAAACGAGCAUAUGAUAAACUGUCGACAUUGCUCGCACAUCUUGGUCCACCUCCUGAGACGCAAAAAAAAGAAUUCACUAACAUUAGUUCCCAACAUUUCGAGACUAAUCACCACCUAUUUACGGAUUUCAUGCGAAGAAAUUCGAAUCGAAAUUUGGAUUAUAUUAAAUCGAAGGGAUUAUUUUAUGGUGGUGGAUUGUCAAAAGAAAAAAGACCAGUAUUUUAUUUCAUAGCCCGUCGUCUAAGUUCAGAAUCUACGGACAUGGACUUAUUGAUGUAUCAUGUUCUUCAUACAAUGGAAGCUUCGAUCGGAAAACCGUUCGAAGUGGUUAUCGAUCUAACACAAUUCACACACGCCAACGAAAUCCAAACCCAAUGGAUUCAACAAUUUAUUCAGAUCCUCCCGUUCAAUGCGGUUGAAAACCUAGCGAAUGUCUACAUGUAUAAUCCCAACACAGCAUUUAAAAAGUUUUCAAAGAAAUUGCCAAGGCCAUUGUCCCAGAAAAUCGGGAAAAAAGCUAUCUUCAUGAAUUCAUUGUCAGAGUUGCAUGAGUACAUAACACAGGCAGAUGUUCGGUUGCCAAAGACUACUGUGCAACUGGAUUCGGAACCUUGUACACAGUUUACUCCCGUCACUAAAAUAUCUCAUUAUAGGAUUACUAUUCCCGUAAUUAUGAAGAUUAGCAAUGAAACGAUACAAGUUAUUACGACUCGAAAGCAAGAUUUAUUAAACGGUCAACAAGUAAUACUAAAUGACAUUUAUCAUAUCUCGGAGAUCGAAGACAUCACAUUGUCAUCACACAAAAACGAUGACAAUGAAUUUGUAAUAAAACAAGAUGAAGGUCGUUUGUCAAUCGCGUUCACAAGUCCAAGACGAGAUCAAAUUAUGCAAGCAAUUCGCGCUUCGAAAGCUCGAUUUCAACUAACAAAACCAUCAAAUGUCACCGAGCGUGUUAUUCGUCCUAGCGAUGUACCAGGGACGCUGUUAAAUAUGGCACUUUUGAAUAUUGGUAGCGAUGAUCCGGGUUUGCGGUUGGCGGCUUAUAAUUUGCUGGUGGCAUUAAGUGUUAUAUUUAAUUUCGAUGUUGGAAACCAACUUUUGAGUGCGAAGGGACUCUGUAUACCAGCAAAUAAUUCGAAUUUUGUCGUAUCAUUAAGUGAACGGCUUGCCAUGACCGAACCCGGUCUCACAAUCGAAUUUCUUAACGAGUUUUUCUGUGGGUUCAAAAAGUCAAGUACUCCAUUGAAACAUCUUUGUCUUCAAUAUAUGGCACCUUGGCUACUGAACUUGGCCCAGUAUAGCAAGAACGGGAGUGAUAAUCAACCAGGAGUCGGUAAAAUACGAGAAAUUCUGAGAAAGUUGAUCGAGUUGACCACUAAAGAGACUGAGAUGUACACUUCGGUCCAGUCAAAAAUCUGGAACACGCUGGGGAAAGUUGAUGAAAUCACCAAUCUAAUUAUCAGUGAGUUUGUUGCCUAUGCUGUCGAACAUGGAAUCAAUUCUUCGCACGCCGAAACGGUCGCGAAUACUAUUGUUACAUUGUCUUCCGUCAAUGUUCGAGGAAAAAUUAUAUCAAGACUAAGAAGGGCAAUCAACCGAACAUCAUUAAAACCCACACGAACACUAACCGAGAAUCCAGCAUGGAAUGAAAUCGCAGUGCUCGUGCGAUUCAACCUAAUGCUAUCAUUCAACAAUCGCCUCCACGUGCAAUUAUACCUCCCCGAACUAUUUUAUAUAGUUUCGGUACUAGUUGCCACUGGACCAGCGGUAAUCCGAUCGUCAAUUCAUGGCCUAGUUGUCAAUCUUAUUCAAUCAUUGUGUACGGCAAUGCCAUUAGAUGAGUCUAGUUAUGCACGGUUGACUUUCUUAUUACGUGAAUUUUCGGAACCCAAAUUUCGACUAUUGUUUGGUUUGAAUAAUGUUGCCGGCAAUGCAUUUGUUAUUACUGGUGAGUCGGCGCAUGAUAUCGCCGAGAUGAUGCCGUUGACCUCGUUAGAACAGAUUGUGCAGGCUUUGCUGGAGAUUAUGGUCUACAUGUCAAAUACUUGGAGAGCAAGAUGGAUGAGCCUUGUAGCAAGUACAGCAUUUCAACAUAAUCCCGCCAUACAACCACGUGCAUUCGUCGCACUUGGUUGUUUAGCACGCGAAGAGGUCGAUGAUGACCUUCUAUAUCAAAUACUUGUUGCGUUACGUGGUGCGCUCUUAAUGUUCUCAGAGAACGACGUCUCUCUGAUCAUGAGCAUAAUAAUGUGCCUUACAAAUAUCGUUGAAAAUCUCGACAGCAGCUGUCGAUACAUCAGACCAUUAUUCUGGCUCGCAAUGUCACUAGUACAAAUAGGGAAUCUUUUAGUAUUCCCGAGUGCGAUAAAACUCUUACAAGUGGUGUUAAGGGCACUAGAUGUGAAUGGAUUUUUUGAGCAGAGAGAUAUAGCAAAGGUCUUACUGGAAGCUCGUGCGCCGUUGACCGAAGUAGCAUCAAUGAUGGACCAUGAAGCCGGGAUCAAUUAUGAACAUUUCUCGUUCGCUGUCGCAGCCGCCUUACUGAAAGGUCUCAAACAUCCCGCCACAAAAACUGAUACACAGGCCGUCCUGAAUUUGUUCCUCGAGAUAGCGUCAAAAAGUAUCGGCAUUAAGAAAAACACUGUCGAUGCAAGCAUGCUCGGAUAUUUGGCUGCAUUACUUCCAAUCUCGGCGAAAAAUGCUGAAAUGAAAGAAUUGCUUUGGGUUUGUGGACUUUUUGAUAUGGAGGUGGAUAAUGCCGAACUGGCAAAUACGUAUUACAAAGUAUUUCAAAAGUUGGAUAUUCCCGAUAAUCAGACGGCUUUGUUGUUAAUUUCUUUGAUGGUGGCUAUGUUGCAAAAUGCGGAACAUGAGCCUGAAAGGUUGUUUUUAUAUGGGUUUUUGUCGGAAGCUGCGGUUGCUAUUCCUGAAGUUUUUGCUUUAGUUCAUGACACUCUCCAACCAAAAAUGAAUCAGAUAAUCACAAGCAGUGACACUCUCUCAAUCCUCGACGCUGUUCAAUCAAUUUUGUACACUGUUGUCUCGGAACCACUGUUCUCGCGUACACGCGGUAAUCAUAUGCCAUUUUUGGAGGAGAUCGGCUUCAAAAAUUUGAUGGAGUGCGGAUCGUUCCAUGGUAUUACUAGAGAGAAGAUGCGCGCGAAUGCGCUGUUGGCUACACUUUUAUUAGCUGAUUCUACAGCUUCAGCGAGCAUAGAACUUUUUGAAGGUUUACAGAUAUUACAGCACCGAGGACAGGAUGCCGCUGGAAUUGUCACCUGUGGUCACAAAGGACGUCUUUAUCAAUGCAAAGGCAACGGAAUGGUACGAGAUAUAUUUGACCCUGAACAUUUACAAAAUUUAGUUGGAAAUUUAGGAAUUGGUCACGUUAGAUAUCCAACAGCUGGAACUUCGUCGCAUUCUGAAGCACAACCGUUUUAUGUGAAUAGUCCAUAUGGCAUUGUGUUUGGUCAUAAUGGAAACCUGAUUAACGCAAAAGACUUAAGAAAUUUUCUGGACACGAAUGCACAUCGGCAUAUCAAUACCGAUUCAGAUUCAGAAUUGUUAUUAAAUAUUUUUGCAAAUAAUUUACAACAGACGGGAAAAUUUAGAAUUAACGAAGAAGACAUUUUCACAGCGAUCACUGGCCUUUAUAAACAAUGUAUUGGUGGUUAUGCUUGUGUGGCCAUGAUAGCCGGUUUUGGAAUUAUUGGAUUUCGUGAUCCAAAUGGAAUACGUCCGAUCUGUUUGGGAAAACGAGAAGGUUCAAAAGGUGUUGAUUAUAUGUUUGCCUCGGAAAGUGUGGCACUUGAUGCAUCUGGAUUUUCUGGUAUUAAAGAUAUUAAACCUGGUGAAGCGAUAAUUAUCACCAAACAAGCAGUCACCCAAAAAAUCUUGGCAGAAACGAGUCAAUUCACUCCAUGUAUAUUCGAGUAUGUGUAUUUUGCAAGACCUGAUUCGGUGAUUGAUGGAAUUUCUGUCUAUCGAUCACGAUUAGCGAUGGGCGAAUUUUUAGCGGAUCAGGUUAAGCAAAAGUUUGGUAAUAAUGAUGAUAUUGAUGUUGUUAUUCCGGUACCUGAUACAAGUCGUGUGGCAGCACUACAAGUCUCUUAUAAAUUAAAAAAAUUAUAUCGGGAAGGAUUCAUAAAGAAUCGAUAUGUUGGACGCACUUUUAUAAUGCCCGGUCAACAUAUGCGCCGAAAAAAUGUGAGACGAAAAUUGAAUGCUAUGGCUUUAGAGUUUGCUGACAAGAAUGUUCUUAUUGUCGAUGAUUCCAUUGUUAGAGGAACAACUUCCAAAGAGAUUGUGCAAAUGGCUCGAGACGCCGGUGCAAAAAAAGUAUACUUUGCAUCGUGUGCUCCGGCUAUAAGAUAUCCUAAUGUAUAUGGUAUUGAUAUGCCAUCACGAAACGAAUUAGUCGCGCAUAAUCGAAGUGAUGAUGAAAUUGCUAUUGAAAUUGGAGCUGAUAAAGUAAUUUUUCAGGAUCUAAACGACCUAAUCGCAUCAUGUCACAAAUUCAACCAAACCAUCAAAAGAUUUGACUGCUCCGUAUUUGAUGGAAAAUACAUAACGGAUGCCGUGACUCCCGAGUACCUUGAAAAUUUGGAGGCGAUACGAAAUGACCGCGCAAAAUCAUUACGUGAAAAUAUUCAAGCUCCUGAAACAAUGGGUCUUCAUAAUAGUUAUCGUGCUUUAUGA